AGUCGCAUUUCGCUCGAGUGGUGAAACACCACGCUGGCGCGCGCGCGCGCGCACGCACGCUCGCUCGCUCGCGCACACACACACACACACGCAGAGGUUUCUACCGAGGACGGCUCGCGUCUUCUUCCUCCUGUUCUUGCCUGACUGCCCGGAUCUUUGAAGUGUCCGUUUCCUCGUUUCCGUUUCUGACGUGGAUAAAGUGAGAGAGCGUAGUGGAAGGGUCUGUGUGUGCCGCGCGCUCUAAACAUGCCAAGGUCUUUCCUGGUGAAGAAGGUGAAGCUAGAUGAUUUCUCAUGCGCAGAGCUGGAGAGCGCCUAUGGCAGGUCAAGAUCUGACCUGAACCUGCGGAUCCACGACAAAGGUUACAUUAGGGACUACAUUACCCCAGCGGUGUAUGAUGCAGAGACUGAUGGCGCGGUUAAGGUUCCCUCUCCGGAGCCUCUGUAUGAUGGCGCUCACAGUGAUUACCAGGCGGACAGCCCGCGCUCGGACACCACGGGCGGCUCGAUCAACGGCGAUGCAGCGGUGAGUGGCGGCUACACGGCGCACGCCUUCUUCAUCACGGAUGGCCGCUCACGGCGCAGGGCGAGCGGAGGAGCGCGUAGUCCGCCUCGCCACACGUGCACCGAGUGCGGCAAGUCGUACGCCACGUCAUCAAACCUGAGUCGCCACAAGCAGACGCACCGCAGCCUGGACAGCAAGAUGGCAAAGAAGUGCCCGACCUGCGGCAAGGUGUAUGUGUCCAUGCCGGCCAUGGCCAUGCACGUCCUCACGCACGACCUACGGCACAAGUGCGAUGUUUGCGGCAAAGCUUUCAGCCGUCCUUGGCUGCUGCAGGGUCACAUGCGUUCUCACACGGGAGAGAAGCCUUUCGGCUGCGCGCACUGCGGGAAGGCGUUCGCCGACCGCUCCAACCUGCGCGCGCACAUGCAGACGCACUCGGCCUUCAAACACUUCAAGUGCGCGCGCUGCAGCAAGACGUUCGCGCUCAAGUCGUAUCUGAACAAACACUACGAGUCGGCCUGCUUCAAGGGCGCACUCUCGCCGCUCCAAGCGUGAUUUCGGCGGGCAAAGUCUCGGCUCUUCUAGACGCUCUUGACCCUAAGGGAAUACUGAGGCUUCGUAUGCUGUUCAGUGUUGACAGUGCAGCGAGGAAGACUUCCUGCACACUGAAGGUUUGAGUGACACAAUGCUGUUCAAUAACUUUUUUUUUUCAUAUCACUUGAUAUUAUUAUACUGCUGCAAGUGACCCCGCGAUGGAUGGAUUGAAAGAUCGAUUAUUUAUUUAUUUAUUUAUUUAUUUAUUUAUUUAUUUAUUUAUUCUUAUAUAAUUUUUUGUUUUCUUUCUAUGAAAGGCACAGUGUUUACUUUUCAGCAUAUGUUUUGCACUUUCAUUUGCUUAUUUGCCAGUUUUAUUAACAUGCCAAAGCAUUCAAAUCAGUCAAAAUUUGAUUUUCAAAUUCUUUGAUUUCAUAUGCCUAUGUAAUGCAUGCAAAAAAAAAAAAAAAAUGAAUCUAUGCCAGUAUCAUAAAACUUAGGCUUAUCAUUUUGCCAAAACCUAGGUAGUAUCAACGGGCAAUAUUUUGGGAUUCUCGUAAGGAUAUAUACAGCAAUAAUCAUGUAAUGCAUGGUAUUUUUGAACUGUUGCCUAUAGCAGCUUUUUCUAAAAAAAAAAAAAAAAAAAAAUCAGGUAUGUUUUGAUCUCUUAAUAAUCAAACAGAAAAAAUACAACAUCAGGGAAAAUGCCAGUGUAGUGUUAGAGAGUCAACAAGACUUAACAAGAAAAGUAUAAAUCAAUUUCCUUUGCUCUGCUGUUAUGCACUGCCUGCCUCUAAUUUA